CACCCUUCCUCUACGCCACAGCGAGGCUGCCCUCCCUCCACCACCGGCAUUCCCAGUAUGCACCGCGGACAGAGCAGCAGAAAAUAGUCCGCUAACGAAAGCCUGAGAAAAGGGAACCAGAGAAUAUAUAUAUAAAAAAAGAAUAGCGGCAGCUCACCAGCGAAAUCCAGCAGUUUAACAGUACUCCGCGCCGCCGACAACCGCGAACAUGGCUGACAACGAGAAACUGGACAACCAGCGGCUGAAGAAUUUCAAGAAUAAAGGCAGAGAUUUGGAGACUAUGAGAAGACAGAGGACUGAGGUGGUGGUGGAACUCAGAAAGAACAAAAGAGAUGAGCACCUGCUGAAGAGGCGAAACGUGCCCCACGAGGACAUCUGCGAGGACUCUGAUGUGGACGGAGAUUUCAGAUCGCAAAAAACCUGCCUUGCAGCAAUAGUAAAAAACGCCACCAGUGAUAACCAGGGUGUCCAGCUGAGCGCUGUCCAGGCUGCCAGGAAAUUGUUGUCCAGUGACCGUAAUCCUCCCAUAGAUGACCUGAUCGAGUCUGGGAUCCUUCCUAUACUGGUCCACUGCCUGGACAGAGAUGACAACCCGUCUCUCCAGUUCGAAGCGGCCUGGGCUCUCACCAACAUAGCGUCGGGGACCUCGGAGCAAACCCAAGCUGUGGUCCAGUCCCAUGCUGUGCCGCUCUUCUUGAGGCUGCUUCAAUCUCCACACCAGAAUGUGUGUGAACAGGCCGUCUGGGCGCUGGGGAACAUCAUUGGUGACGGCCCUCAGUGCAGAGACUACGUGAUCGGCUUGGGAGUGGUGAAGCCCCUGCUGUCUUUCAUCAGUCCCUCCAUUCCCAUCACCUUCCUCCGGAACGUCACCUGGGUCAUGGUCAACCUGUGCCGCCACAAGGAUCCUCCGCCCCCCAUGGAGACAAUCCAGGAGAUCCUUCCAGCUCUCUGCGUGCUGAUCCACCACACUGAUGUCAGUAUUUUGGUAGACACCGUUUGGGCUCUGUCCUACUUGACGGACGCUGGAAACGAGCAGAUCCAAAUGGUCAUCGACUCAGGCAUCGUCCCACAUCUGGUACCUCUGCUCAGCCACCAGGAGGUCAAAGUCCAGACUGCUGCCCUGAGGGCCGUGGGAAACAUAGUGACCGGCACAGAUGAGCAGACCCAGGUGGUUCUCAACUGUGAAGCCCUCAACCACUUCCCCGCUCUGCUCACUCACCCCAAGGAGAAAAUCAACAAGGAGGCAGUGUGGUUCCUGUCCAACAUCACAGCAGGCAACCAGCAACAGGUGCAGGCCGUCAUCGAUGCCAAGCUCGUGCCCAUGAUCAUUCACCUGCUCGAUAAGGGUGACUUUGGCACUCAGAAGGAAGCAGCCUGGGCCAUCAGUAACCUGACAAUAAGUGGAAGGAAAGACCAGGUGGCGCAUCUCAUCGAGAAGCACGUGAUUCCUCCUUUCUGCAACCUGCUCACAGUGAAGGACGCUCAAGUCGUGCAGGUUGUUCUCGACGGCCUCAGCAAUAUCCUGAAGAUGGCCGACGACAAGGCCGAAACUAUCGCUAACCUCAUUGAGGAAUGUGGCGGUUUGGAAAAGGUGGAGCAACUGCAAAAUCAUGAAAAUGAAGAUAUCUACAAAUUGGCAUACGAAAUUAUUGAUCAGUUUUUCUCAUCUGAUGACAUUGAUGAAGACACCAACCUGGGGGGGACUUACGGCUUUAACUCCGCCAACGUGCCAGCCGAGGGAUUCCAGUUCUAGACGGCAUCCGGGGGUAUUCUGGAGUUUUGUUCACGAUGCAGCACUCUGUUCAACAUAAAAAAAAAUUAGGAGAGAAAGAGCGAGAGAGAGCGAGUGUGAGAAAUUUGAUCCAUUGUGCUUGGCUCGUGGGAUCCAUGGCUGCAUCUUAUCUGAGAGAAAAAUAUGUGGACUUCAUUUGGCAUUCCAGGGGAACCAGCCCAAAUGAAGUUUGAGAUGGCGAGUGGGUGCGAGUGAGAAUGAGUGGCUACAUGUUGCAAAAAAAAACAGCAAAACAUCUACAUCGAAUGCGUUGAGAGACAUGCCGACAUAACUUCUGCGUUAUCGGAGCUGUCGUCUUCGGAAAACUACUUCAAAUGACAACACACACAAAAAAAAAAGAAACUUUGAUGUCUGCCCAGGGACAACCAAGGACAUCCAAAAACAAGAAAUCAAGAGUUCUUGACACAUUACAACUCAACAAAAUGCAGAAACGAGUGCAACUAUGAUUAUAAACUGAGAUGAACCACGAACCAUCACAAUUCUGCGGUCCUCCGACCCGACGGGGCGCCGUCUUCGACGCGCCCCUCCCCCAAUCGGCCCACGCUAUCAGACAUGUGAGUGAAUGGACCCAUUGUGUAUGAAUGUCUGGACUCAAUGCUGAGGAGCCAGGUUCAUCUCCUCCAACGAGACGCUCCCCCCCUCCGACGGGGGCACCAUCCUCUCCUCCCUGGUGGGCGGGGCCAGGAGUCCGACUGCGCGUGCCGCAUGUGCGAGAGAGAAUGGGGACGGAUGAGUUGUGUGUUUGCUUGGCUGCGUGCGUGACUGGGAGUGUGCGAGACUGGGUGAGAACGCAUGCCGGGACGGGAUAAAAGAUACAAAUACAACAUCUGAAGAGAAACAAAAAUGUGCGAAUGUGCAACGGCGAGAGGUGCAACAGCGAGGCUAGCAAAGGUUUCAGGAAAAGAAAUUCUGCCUUUGAAAGAGGCCAAUUCCUCAAAUCUCUGAAAGGAAGAAUUUUGGAUAUGAGAAGAAGAAGAAGAAAAAA